AUGAUGUACUCGCCGGACAAGAUGAUGGGGAGCAAGGGACUCCACGGGGCACCCAUCACCGCCCCGGGAUGCUUUCCCUCGGGGAGAUACUCGCCGCCGCCUUAUCGCGCCGCGCCGGAUCCGAUGCCGCCGCCACCGAGGCGAUGUAUGCCGAACCCUACGAGUCGUAUAUUGGAAGAUGCAUCCAUUAUGUGCAAUUCUUGGUCACCGAGGCAUAAUGGUGAUCUGUUUAGUGGCUUGAAUAGCGGUUUGCAAGACGGCUUACUUUCAAGAGCAGAGGCUUUGGCAGCAGAUUUGGGGAAGCACAACGCCGGGACGCCGAUGCCACUGAAGCACGAUCCCGUGUCUGUGUAUCAUCACGGAGCACACAUGCCCACCCCCCAUCCAAAUAACCGGCCACAUCAUCAGGUACAAUCACACCUCCUUAUGAGCCAUCCGGGGAUGGAGAGCCUCGACAUGCUGGACCCAGCAAACUCGAUGACGACACUAACGCCGAUGUCGGAGGGCACGGGCGGCGGACCCGGGCACCACGCGGGCAUCCACGGUCCAUCCGUGUACGGCGGCAUGAAUGGCAUGAUGAGCCAUCAUCAUCAUCACGGUAAUCUUGGCGGUGGCGGAGGUAGCGUGCCCCAUCCAGCGCAUCAUCAUCCGGCAAUGGCAGCCGCGGCAGCUGCGGCGGCCGCGGCGGGUCUCCAUCCCGACGCCGAUACCGAUCCGCGCGAGUUGGAGGCUUUCGCCGAACGAUUCAAGCAACGGCGCAUCAAGCUCGGUGUCACACAAGCGGACGUCGGCAAGGCGCUCGCAAAUCUCAAGCUACCGGGCGUCGGCGCCCUCUCGCAAUCGACGAUUUGUCGCUUCGAGUCGCUUACGCUUUCGCACAACAACAUGAUCGCCCUGAAACCGAUCCUCCAGGCCUGGCUCGAGGAGGCGGAGGCGCAGGCGAAGAACAAGCGGCGCGAUCCCGACGCGCCCUCGGUAUUGCCAGCCGGCGAGAAGAAGCGGAAACGCACCAGCAUCGCCGCGCCCGAGAAACGCUCGUUGGAAGCGUACUUCGCGGUCCAACCGCGACCCUCGGGCGAGAAGAUCGCCGCGAUCGCGGAGAAGCUCGAUCUUAAGAAGAACGUCGUCCGCGUUUGGUUCUGCAACCAGCGACAGAAGCAGAAACGCAUGAAGUUCGCGGCUCAACAUUGA